AUGAUGUUUUCGUCCGCGGGCAAGCGCUGCUUUACGAUAGAGUCUCUGGUCGCCAAAGAGAGCCCCCUGACCAGCGACGAUCCCAUCCGGCCCACGGCUCUCACUUACCCCAACCCCACGACCGAUGCCUUAAUGAACAGUUACCAGAGCCCGCCGGGCAGGUCUCUGUACCAGAGCCCGGACCUGGUGUUCCCGGACACGGUCAGCCACCCGUCUCUCACGGUGGCCCCGCACCAGCUGGGGGGCUCCCACCUCCAGCAUCCGCACUUCUUCGGGGCGCAGCACCGGGACCCGCUGAACUUCUACCCCUGGGUCCUGCGGAACAGAUUCUUUGGGCACAGAUUUCAAGGUAACGACGUGUCCCAGGACAGCCUGCUCCUGCACGGACCCUUCGCCCGGAAACCCAAACGCAUCCGGACGGCCUUCUCCCCCUCCCAGCUCCUGCGCCUGGAGAGAGCCUUCGAGAAGAACCACUACGUGGUCGGAGCCGAGAGAAAGCAACUGGCGAACAGCCUGAGUUUGUCCGAGACGCAGGUGAAGGUGUGGUUCCAGAACAGGAGGACCAAGUACAAGCGACAGAAGCUGGAGGAGGAGGGUCCGGAGAGCCAGCAGAAGAAGAAGGGAAACCACCACAUCAACAGAUGGCGCAUUGCCACCAAACAGGGCAACUCCGAGGACAUAGACGUGACCUCAGAGGACUAA